CGCUGGAUUGCUGUAAACAAGCAGCAGACGACCUCGCUAGCUUUGGAAACAACAAACAGCUGUCAAAAUCGUGUAUUUUACUCUUUUGAUAAAAAAUGAUUGCAGAAGUUGAUGAUCCUGAUGUUUAUCAUCAGGACUUCACUACAGCUUCAAGCUGGGAGGAGUUUGUUGACCGUAUCGAAAAGAUAAUUGUUAAGUGGAAGUUGAAUGAACCUAAAGUUAGAAAUCCUAUUAAGAAAGGAGAUUUAGAAGGAGAAUGGGAGACAAAGACAGAGCAUAUUAGUUACGAAGGUGAACGAAUAUUAUUACAGUGGUGGAAUUUGAAAAACGGUGUCACACCCAGCGCUGAAGACACCGACAGUUCUCUCACACCUCAGGCCUUAGUUGACAUGAUGUCUGUUGCAGGCGACUUUGUCACGGUUUCUAGUUGUCCUAGAGUUGCACAAUUGUAUGGGGUUCGAGAAUUUCUACUUUUAAAAACCAACAAGUCGUCAAAGUUUUCUUCCGAAACCAAGCCCCUUAGCUGUCUAACAAUUGCUCUAAAUGCCUCUGGCUGUGAAGUUCCAGCCUUUGUACAGCUUCUGGAAGAUUGGCAACACUUCUAUCUUGGAUCCUGCAUAGGAAAAGAUGUUAUUGCUGAUUAUGAAAUGGUUCAUCUAGAGAGAACUCCUCAGCAUUGCAAAUAUCUCACAGGUUUACUUGAUACUUUCAAAUCAAAAAUUAGCAGAGGACAACAAUUACCAUCAAUUGAAUUGGCUGUAAGGCUAACAUACUCUCUGAAGAUGUUAAAUCCAUUACAAAGCUAUAAUGUUGUUACAAAUAACAAAAGUGGAAUGUUGAAUCUCCCCUUUGGAUUAGCAUCAGAUCCUAUCAACAAACUGCAUUUAUUAGCAACAUGGCCACAGUUGACAGAUCAGAUGGUUGUAGACAGUCAAAGUUAUUCCGAUUUAGAACCCAUGCAAGCACACAUCUGGUCUUUGGAGAUAGAAUUGGCUGAGAACCUUAACCCACCUAAGUUGUCCUUGUGUCUUUCAUCGCUUUGUAAAAUGGCAAUGGAGCCCCAUACCCCCUUUACAGUGGAAUUUUCAAAGAAGUUUGUCCAGUCUCUUGAUGCCUUAACAGAGUCCAGGGUGCCUACCAUUUCAAAAGUGUUUGGCCGUGUCUUAACUGGAAACACUACUUCUGGUGCUGGUAAUAAGAAGAAACAAGGUGCUAUUCCUAGUUCAAGAUUACAAGAAUAUUUAUAUUUUCUUUUUCCGGAUGCUGAUCCUAACUCAGCAGAGCCUUAUGAAUCAUAUGAUGCUCAAGACUCCUCCAAAUCUACUCAAAGCUCACAACAUCCAAAAAUUCUGGAUGGUGUCAAAUCUGCCCCCCCAGAAAGCCUUGUUUGGAGACUUGCUUUGCUGCUCCCAUUAAUUUAUGCAAAAGACGGUGUUGCUGCUGCGGCUUCCAUGUGGUUUGAGUUUACAGAAGAAAUGUGCUACCGGUGGGAGCAAGCAAUUCCUGUACCAGGCGUGCGGCCCGGCUUCGCGGACCACAAGACGUGCAUCCUGCACCAGAAACUCCAGAUGCUCAACGUGUGCAUUGAAAAGAAGAAGGCGCGAUCGCAGUCUGGGGCCCACCAGCGUGCGGGUAGCUCAGAAUCCGAUGGUGACGGUGAAGACGAGUUUUUCGACUGCGACACGACGGCGACGGAGGAGCAGGACAUGGUGGACGCGAGCGACAACUCGGAGCCCGAAGGUCGCAAGCACGCGCAUCCAUCUCUAAAGCUGCUCAGGACGGGCGGCCCGCUGUACAUCCCCGUGACGCAGGACCUUGUGCCCAAGACGGAGGACGAGGUCGAGUCGGAGCCGCCGCUGGACGCCCCGGUGGGUGGUUCUGAGGGGAAGGUGCACCUGUACUCGUGCAGCGUCACUCGCUCGGACAUGCAGUCCUUUAAGGCGGCCAACCCCGACGGCAUUCUGGAGGACUUUGUGCGCUGGUACUCGCCGGGGGACUGGGUGGAGGACCAGGACCCCGAUAAGCUGGACGAGUGGGGCCAGCGCCGGGGCGAGCUGAGCGCGCGCAUGCGCCUCCAGGACAACAUGUGGGUGCAGCUGUGGUCCAUGGCGCAGCCCGUGCCCGCGCGCAAGCAGGUGGACAGGCUGUUCGACGAGACCCGGUCCGCGGAGGGCGUCCUCGCCUGGCUCGAGGGCCUCUCCGCCCGCGCGCUUGCGCUCGCCCUCCUUCCCGCGCUGGCGCACGCGUGCGCGCUGCGCACCCUGGCCGAAGUGCACGCCGACAGCCUGCUCGGGAAGCUGCCAGGGUUGCAGCCGGCCGCCGACGCGCUGGUGCGCCACGCCGUCGCUGCCAGCAGGGAGCCCGAGCCGUCCCUGCAGACAUACCAGAGGCUGGUGGCUGAGCUGGAGGACGCGGAGAGACUCAUCUGCACGGCGCGCUCGCUGCGCUGCAAGCUGUGCCCGGGUCCGGACGCCUCCGACGAGAUGGUGGCCUUCCUCACUGCCCUGCUGGAGCUGCGCGAGGUGACUGUUCCCGGGGGCGCCCGCGGCCGCAUCGGCGGCAACAUCAGGACUAUGUUCUCCGAGGCUCAGAUGACGGCGCAGAUGCUCUCAGACGCGAGCACUGGUGCCCCUGGGCGCUCAGAGUCAGGAAAGACAUUCUCGUUCCCGGCGGCCGACACCAAAGAGGUGGUGAUGCGGGUGUGCGCGCCCCGGCCCAGCGCCGCCUCCAGGACCUGUCCGCAGCGCAUGUACGCCCUGCAUCGUCGAGACGAGUUCAGGCUGGCGGGGUGCUUCAGCAGGGACGCUACUUUCUUCUGACUCCGUCCCCACCACCGUGAAUGACUUUCUAAUAAAUUCGUACCACAUCUUUUUAAAUCUCAAAAAUAAUGUUUACAUUCCGUUAUAAUCUAUUGUAUAAUACAAGCUUCGUAAUGUGUUUGAAUUAAAUCGUCGUUGUAAUGAUUACUGUUAAAUGCGCCUGAUUUCAAGUUAAUAAAUGGGAAUUGAUCAUA